GCAGUGGACUUGACGAAAUCUGUUUUUCUGGCUAAAUUUUUUAAACUUUUGAUGAUAAAAUGCAGUGGAAUCGCUGAGUAUUAUCGGCCCAGUUUCGGUGUGUGCGCAGUAUUCAGUGUUGAUCAGUUGGCCACCGCUCCAGGAUGGAGGAAAAGGGCAUCGCCCCAAGCGGUAACGAGCUUUUCAGCUUACCGCCCGGACCCGCAACUUUAUGUUUCGACAAAAACGAAUUCAUGAAGAAAACCUUCUCGGUCGAUGAGUUCCUGCACGAGAAUCGGAAUGCGGGCAGUCUGGAGAUCAUCCGCGAUGAUCUCGGACUGUAUCUAAAGGUUUUGCGAUCGGCUAUGAUCGAGCUGAUCAACCAGGAUUACGCGGAUUUCGUCGAUCUGUCCGCCAAUCUGAUCGGACUGGAUGAGCAGAUCGAAGGGAUUCAGGGACCGCUGGAGAAGCUACGGGCAGAGAUCGCUCUCGUCAAGGCUGCCCUCGAGAGCAGUAUGCACGAGAUUGCCAACUGUCUCGAGCAGAAAAAGGCUCUGCGGGGUCACAAAAAGUCACUCCAAAGUUUGGCCCGAUGUCAGGCUUCACUGGAGAAGCUCGAGACGAUGCUACGGAGGGAUGAGCAGCAGCAGCAACGAGAACCUGUGGCGGUAGCCGUGGCCAUCAAUGCAACCCUUCUCGAACGUGCCGCACUCGAAUCGAUCCAGUUACAGUUUAACAUUAAGUUCUGUAAAGAUUUCCUCGACCCAUCCAAGCAACAGCUGGCGCAGGAACUGUGGAAUGAACUGUUGGGUCGACUGCAAGAGUAUUUUCUGCGAGCACUGGAUGACCCCGAGCCUAAAGAGCUCGAACGCUGCCUUCGCAUUUACUGCACACUGGACGAGUGUCGUACGGCAGAGACCGUGUUUCGACGCGAAAUCGUGGCACCAUUCAUGAACCGGGUCAUCUCCGAGACGAGCCUCCAGAAUUCGCCCCAAGGCUUGACCGGGAUCUACAAUCAGAUACUGGACUUUGUGUCGAUGCGCAUGAAGCACCUGUGCCAGCUUACGAAACGGAACGGUAAAGUGAAGGGCUACAGCUUCGUAGUGAACGCCUUUUGGGCGGAAGUGGAACGUCGUAUGGAGACGAACAUGUCAUCGAUCUUCGCUCCCGGCAAUCCCGAUGCGUUCUAUCAAAAGUACAAGUGUACACUGGAGUUUCUCGAGCGAAUCGAACUGAUCCUGGACGAUGCGGAAGAUGUGGCCCAGUUUAAGGCGCACGCCCAGUACCGUAGCUUCCAGGUGCGCUGGAAUUUGCCGGUUUACUUUCAGAUCCGUUUUCAGGAGAUCGGUUCCACGUUCGAGGCCAGCUGUAGUGGUGCGAUCAUCGAUCGGCAGCAGAUCCUCGGUACCACCACCAUUUCCGCCUCCCAGUUCAAUGUGGCGCAAUUUUCCGGCGCACUGACCGCCAUUUCCCGCUGUUGGCAGGAAGGUAUCUUCCUGUCGCAGCUAUUCCAUCGUUUCCUUAAGCUAACGCUACAAAUUCUUGCCCGUCUUGCGGUCUGGUGUGAUGGCGCAAUCGUGGCCAAAAUCGAUGAUCCGACGAUCACCGGCGUGGAACAAGCACAAUCGAUUCGAAUACGAUUCCUCGUCGCGCUCUACUCCGAUCUGGGCAAUAUCGUGCUAAAGAUCCCUUCGAUCGUGAACCUAGCAGCAGACAAAAGCUCUUCGUUAGGAGUACCACGGGCCGAAUUAGAAGCCGCUCUCGGUGAAUGUGGCACACUGUUCCGUACGAAGCAAACACACGUUCAACGUUCGAUCGUACAGGAGCUUAUAGCGAGCAGUUUAGUGCCACUGAAGCAGGCUAGCGACAUUCCACGAUUGUAUCGGAAAACGAAUCGUGAACUGCCGAGUCGCUGCUGCCCGUACGUAGAGCAAGUGCUCGCACCAACGGACAGCUUUAAGCGAACUUACGACUCGAUGAUCGUUGGCGAUGCGAUGCGAGAGUUUCUGUGUGGCGUCUACAGUCACGUCACUGUGCAAUACUACCAGGUGAUCGACGAAGUGAUCACGUCCGUACAGAAGACCGAAGAAUCGUUGCGUCGUUUAAAGAAUCUGCGCGAUCGAAAUACCGGUGGCAGUGCUGGUGGACAGCAGCCCGUUGCCGGCAGUUCGGCUGCACCGACCGAUGAUGACAAAAUCCGGCUACAGCUGCAGGUCGAUGUGAUGCACUUUGCGCGCUACAUCAAAGAGGAAGCCCAGAUCCCUUGGCAGCAAAUCGACAAGCUACCGGAGCUGAUCCAACUAGCCGAGGAAGCCAUCAAAGGGCGCCCGGGGUUGGAAGGAAGUCAAACCAGCAUCGCAUGAAUGCAUCGUUGCUAGCAAAAACCAAAACCACCCCCGGCCGCAGUACAUUUUCGGUCAUUUCCAGUUGUUGCUUGAUAGGAAACGAUAAGGUUGGAGUCAAUAAAUUAUUGGAAAACAU